UUUUAGAGUCGUGAGGGGGACAAGAUGGCGGCCUCGACCAUGACGGCGAUUCGCCAGCGAGUCGAUCGCAUGGAGAAGCCCUCGACAGAGCGCCGUGCUAAAAGGCAUCAAUGCGACCGGUGUGCCUACAGCACGGAUCGCCCUGGACACUUCAAGCUGCAUGAGAGAACGCACACGGACGAAAAGCCAUUCAAGUGCACCACGUGUGGGAAGGCUUUUGUAUGUUCAUCAAAUUGUCGAGUUCACGAGAGAACACACACGGGUGAGAAGCCCUACAAGUGCACCGUCUGUGGGAAGGCAUUUGCCUACUCAAACUAUCUUCGGAUUCAUCAGAGAGCGCACACAGGUGAGAAGGCAUUCAAGUGCACCGUGUGUGGGAAGGCAUUUGUCUAUUCAAACUAUCUUCGAGUUCACGAGAGAACGCACACAGGUGAGAAGCCCUACAAGUGCACCGUCUGUGGGAAGGCAUUUAUCUACUCAAACUAUCUUCGGAUUCAUCGGAGAACACACACAGAGUCGUGAGGGGGACAAGAUGGCGGCCUCGACCAUGACGGCGAUUCGCCAGCGCUGCUGCUGCCGGCGGCGGCGGCUUCGUGGCGUUGCUGGCGUCUCUGUGACCCCCCCUCGUCCUGCCCCUUGACCGCGAGCCCGGCGGCCCCCUGCAGAAGAAGUAAACAAGACGCAACAACAACAGGGAGGAGGGUGGUGGUGGAAUGUAAACAAGAACAACAACCCCUACCCGCCACCACGCGGCGUGUUGUCGCGUGACGAAAGUAGCAGCAGCGUCAUCAUCAUCACCACGUGUAGCAGCAGCGUCGUCAUCAUCCACGCAAUGUCUGCCGGCAGGGAUGACUCCCCCUCCUCCUCCUCGACCUUCUACGACGGCGAGGAGUUGCACUGCGACUGGCACCAGUCCACGCUGCCCAGCGAGGACAUUUGGAAGAAGUUUGAGCUCCUGCCCCCCGCGCCGGACGGAGCGAACUCAACGCCAACGCCGCCGCCCUCGGGCGAUCCGAGCCGCGAAGGCGGCGAAGUGGCGAGCCGCGGCCACGUCUGGGACCCCGCCGGCGGCAGCGGCGUGGGAGCCGUGGGAGCCAUGCUGCUGCGGGACUGCAUGUGGAGCAGCGCCGCCUCCUCGGCCAGAGCCACACCGGGGCGGCUGGCGCCCGCCGACAAGUCGGCGCCGCCGCCGCCCGCGGUCUCCCGCGCCGUGCCGAGCCCCGCGGCCGCCGCGGUGCCCGCCGAGAUGCUGCCCUUUGAGCCGGGAGGGCGGCACCUGCCGGCCGAGGGGCGGGAGGAUGGGGAGACUGUCGUGGGCGGGGCGAUGUCUCCCGGCAACGAGACGCGCAGUGAUUCGGACAAUGACGACGACGCGGAAGAUGGAGAGAUUGACGUGGUGACCGUGGAGAAGUGGAGCCACGCCAAAGCGAGCGUAGCGCUACGCGCCGUGCACAACACAAACACGGCCCCCCGGUACAACGACAACAACCGGCGGCAGCGGCAGCAGCAGCGGCGGCGACCCGCCCCGCCGCCGUCCACGCCGCCCGUGCACCAGCAGCAGCACAACUACGCCGCCCCCUCGCCGCCUGCGCGCGGGGCGAAGACGCCGUCCCCGCCGGCGCCGCGGGGAUCCGCGCGGAGCCGGGGCGCCGCCUGGCGGUGCCGGCUCGUCCCGCGCCGUCUCGACGGGGAGCGGCGGUGGCCCUCGGAGCUCCGGCGGCUCGGAGGGGCUUGGCGAGCGGCACAACGACCAGGAGCGUCGGCGGCGCGACUCCAUCAAGAAGGGUUUCCAGUGGCUGCGCGGCGGCAUACCGGAGCUGGCGCACGACGAGAAGGCGGCCAAGGCGCAGAUCCUGAAGCGCGCGAUAGAAUAUUCGCGCACCCUGAAGCGCGAGGAGGAGAGACUCAAGGCGGAGAAGCGGCGCGAGCAGAUUCGACGUCGGGAGCUGCUGGCGAGGCUGGAAACCCUGAAGAACUCGUUGGCCGAGCGGUCUCCAUUUGCAUCUCGUUUAAAGACUUUAAACCGAAAGUUACUUUUGUUUUGAUAUUGGACGAAAGCCUCUGGCGACCGGCACAGUUGAGCCUCUUUGCCAUUGAGUGGUUUUGUAUGCACCGUGACCUCGUUUGCAACGUAAUGCCUCUGAAUAUUUGACUGCCAAGGUUUGAGUUGAUGGGAAUGGUAAGUUGUACCUCAAUAGACAUUUCUGCACAAAUGAUGCUUCAAUGUGGCAAAUACUGCCAUUAAUGCUGUUCCAUGGCGAUUUUCACUUUUGAUUUUUUUAAUUUUUUCAUAUAAAACAUGGAAAAUGUAGGCACCAAAAGUUGUUACGUAAUUACCCAGGGUUUUUGUAAGAUUUAGCGCGAGUAACUUUUUGAACAAAGUUGUUCCUGUCAAUAGUGCAAAAGUUACAUUUAGUAACCUUUUUUGAAUGUCCCUUAAACAAGGGGUGUUGUUGCUUACUUUGCAUCGCUGAUAAACUCGGUCUUUUUGCCGUUGAGCUCAAAGCGGCCUUAGCAGCUGCGAAGCGUUCGUUGCAGCACUUUGUGGACCUCGCUGUAUCUUUAUCUCUUAUUGGAACGUAA